CAGCGGAGUUACUUUAACAACUGCUAACGUCAGGUAUAGAAGCGCCGCGAGUGCGUGCGAAAAGUGUGUGAAUGUGCGUGCCGGUAUAUUUUGAAAAAAAAAUUCGAGUGAAACGGGUGAUAACUUUGGGAGCUUUCCGGAACUGGGGGAGCUUUGGUGCAUUUAAAUCACCGCCAGUGUGCAGAAAUGCAGCCGACCUGAGCCAAGUUUAGUGAGAAUUUUAAAAAAGGGAUACAGGAUGUUCAAAGCAAGGUCCGGAAGUUUGGGCUCUGGAAGCGCCGUUCCGAUGGAACGUAUCAAGAAGGAAACGGAUGUUGAGGCAGCAAUGGCCAACGCCGAUAUCGACAAUCUCGAAGACGCCCGGAAAUUAGCCAGAGAUCUUCGGCAAAAGACGCGAGCGCAAGCACAGCAAAUCAUCGCCUGGAGGCGAGCGUACAAAAUGCAGGAAUCUCUCGUAGCGCGCCUACAGCGCGAAAAAGCCCACCAGCUAAAAAUCCUCAGCGCAAAACUCCUCCUUUUUGAGUCCCGCCUCAUCCGCAAACAGAAGGAAAUCUCCUCAAUGUUGAGUCUCCGCGAAAACAUCAUCCACCGGCAACAAAGAAUCAUCGAAACUUUGACAAACCGUCUCAUCGACAACGGCCUAGAGGUCCCCCAGUCGGAGCUAGCGGAAUUAGAAACGACUUUACCAGACUUAGACUCCCUCAACGAUUCGGACAGUGCUGUGGUUAUGGAGGACAUUGAUUCGGACAGUAACGUCACAAUACCGAAAUUUCGGACCGGAAACUCCGUCAUGCGCUCAAUUUCCGAUGCGAUAGACCCCAGUCUGAAGUACACUUCCAUGCGGCGAAACAACGGCUUUUUACGGCGGCCUGAGAUCCUCGAGACCGUGUACAGCGUCGAAGAGGACGCGGACAAUGAAAAUCAAAGCAACGACAAUACAAACGACGCGAACAAAAAGCGAGACGCGUUCGCAGCGCGUGGAAAAUCAACGUAUAACAUUGAAGAAACGGAAGAGAACGCGGGCCCAAAAGAGGAAAAGGUGGAAAAAAGUGAGGAAAGUGAAGACGACAGGAAGACAAGCCAGGUGAAGACCUACAACCGAGUCAUGUCAAACCACCGGUCGGUCACGAAGCCGAAAGAUGUAAAAUACAAGCGAAUAAAUAAGGCGAAGUCAAAAAGUCUGGAAGAGCUGCGAGGACGUCUGAAAAACUGGGUGGAGCAAGGAACCAAACUGACCGGAAUCACUCUCGAACACAGCCAAAGUUGUGCUUAAUACAGGACCACCACUUUUUGUUUCGUCGUGUUUUGUUUGGUUUUCGUCGCAUUUGUGGUGUUGUUGCUCUGUGUGACUUGAAAAAUUGUGAUAUUUUUUUUGUACAUAAUUACGUAGUCAAUUUGUAUAAAUCUCUUACAUAUCAUCUAAGACGAGGGCCACGAAACACGUUACCGGCCCUUUUUUAGUAUAACUGUGAGGGGAAAACAUUCACUUGCCUAAAUGUAAAAAUGCUUCUAGGUUAUAAAAUCAUCAUUUUGUACAUAAUUAUUUUUUUAUUACGACGUUCCUUUUAGUGUAAGAUCUCUGAAAGUUGCUUCGAGUAGCUUUGAUGUCAGUGCGAUUUCAAAUCAAAUGAAAACACGCAGGUUGUGCUUUUAUUUAUUGUGUUUGUAUACAGUGCGUAUUUUACUCCAUUCCACAUAACAUUAAUGUACGGUUACGAUGUAAGCAAUGUAACGUUUGUGUAACAAUAAAAGACAAUCAGAAUAA